CCCAGCCAGGAGCGUGGCGCGGCCGAGACAGUUCAGUUGGGUGGACUCAGGGCGCCAGGUGAGCGCUGCUUCCCGUCUUUCGCCUGCUCCAGCGGUGGGUUCGGCUGGACGAGAGAAUAUGGAUUUUGCCAUGAGAAGAUGGUUCUGCCUACCACUGGGGUGCAUGGUGCUGAUCCAUCUGAUUAAUGCAGAUUUUGAAUUUCAAAAGGCAGUGCUUGCCAGCAUCAGCCCAGGGAUCACGGAAGACAUUGACCACCAGUGCUGGGAAGCUUGCUCUUUGACGCUGAUAGAUCUCAAGGAACUCAAGAUAGAGCAUGAUGUGGAUGCUUUCUGGAAUUUCAUGUCAUUCUUGCAAAAAUCCCAGCGGCCGAGACAGUAUAAUGUUUUCUUAAGCAUAGCUCAGGAUUUCUGGAACAUGUAUGUAGACUGCUUGCUUUCCAGAUCUCAUGGGAUGGGCAGAAGACGGGCGAUGGCUCCCAAGUAUGAUUUUCCACAGAAGAUAACAGGAGGUAAUUUAAAUGUAUGCUUAAGAGAAUAG